ACGUGUGACAUCCAAAACAAUCAUCAGUACUGGCAAGGUAAACUAUACAAAGUUCUGUACAAUACGCUGAUAGUUAUACCGUUUGAGUGAGUGCUGCUACUUAUGUAUGAUGUAAUGUUCAGGAUUUUGGCAUAAGUGAGCUGCAGCUAAGUCAUUCCGUUUUCAGUUUAACGACAGAAUAUUGAACAUUCUAUCUAAUCUAUCUACUGUGAACUGUCCAUUCCAAUACAUGUAGUGUGAUGUACGGAGUAUUGGAUCAUGAAUUGAGGAGAUUAAGAUGAUAUUCCACAGAAGUAAACUAGCAGUGUCCAGAUUUGGAAUGGGCUUGUGGUCCUGUGGAGCUCCUGGAAACAAGCCACUCUGUAGGACACUGGGAGUGAGACAUGCAAAUGUUGUACAUCAAAUGUUUCUUGAAAAGGGAUUGUUGAAAAGAAAUGAGCUGGAUGAUGGAGUAACAUCACAGCCAAUGCAAUGGAUACCAGACCCUGGACAACGAGAGUUUGAGAAACUAGUUCAAAUGUUUUCUGAACUUGAGAACAGAAAAAAUAUAUCCACAUUGUUCCACUUUGAUACCCGUGUCAAUCACUGGGCUAAAAAAUCUAAGAGUCCAGAGUUUGCUGAAAAAUGGCUGAAUUAUCGUCUGCAGAAGCCUGUGACUAAAGCCAUCAAAGUGUCCUUAAUUCUCGGUUACUUGAAUUCCUUCACUGAACUCAGGCAUUCAAAAGUUCAUGAAAACAAAAUACUACACUAUAUGAAUGAAAUAGAAAAUGACCUUAAGUAUGUCGAUAGCAAAACAUUUGCGAUGGUGAUUGCACCUUUGUGCAUGACAAGGCAAUACAAAGAGUGCCUAGAGAUGGUAAGACGCUUUAACAAAAACAUUGAAAAUGUCCAAGGUAUCACACCAAUAUCUAUAGCAUUUUAUCUCCAUCACUUUGUCAAUGCUGCCAUUACACACGGUCACAAACAGUUUGCUAAGGAGCUGAUUCGUCAGUAUUGUGAUAAUAUGACCAAAUCUCGCCUAACGAAAUUGUGGACCCGUCUCCUACAGCACUCUGAUACACUGUCUGUGGACAGUACAUUAGAACUCCUAAGUAUUGUACAACACCUCUACCCAUCACAUGAUGUGAUCCUGAAAAUGGAGCAGGUCUUCAAACAACAAGAGGAAUUGUGGAGAACAACAAGGAGUAUAGUCACCAAACACCAAACCUGUCAAAAUUGUGGAGCUGCAAUUGAACCUUCCCAUUUCCAUCAGGAAAAAUUGCAAAGGAUGCAGGCCAGCAUACAUGAUACUCUGAGCAAACAUCACAGUGAAAGUUUUGAAACUUUCUUGCAAUUUCUACAGAAAAACACAGAUUUCCGGUAUGUAGUAGAUGGAAUGUGGAUUCUGCACAAAAUCACAAGAGGCAAUGCUUCUACUUCAGAUGAAAAGAAACAGGCAGGAAAACAGAUGAAGGAUUUCCUACUACGAGAACUUCCUGGUAAAAAGUUGAUUAUUGGAAGAAACUUCAUGUUUCAAAUGACUGGUGAUAUUUUGCAACAUCCUAGUAUAAGAGGAUUUCCAGUGUGCUUUAGCAGGAAUGAAAAAAAGAAAGCUGCUUUUAGCAUGGAUGACUUAUUUGUGUUGUAUGCAGCACUUCAGAACCAGCCUGACUGUUACAUUGUGAGUGGUGAUUUCAUGAGAGAUCAUGGUGAGAAAAUCGACUUAGACUUGCAAAUAUUAUACACCAGCUGGAUUUCAACCAGGACAAUUGUGCCAUCACUUUUUGGAGGCAAACUAAAUUGCAAGCUGCCUUUUACUCCGAAACCAAUUACAAGUAAUGGGAAAGGAUGGCAUGUAUUUACUUCAACUCUAACUCCUAGAAUCCGACACCGCGGGAACAGCAUACAAACACUUUGGUGUAUACAAAAAUAACUGGAUAAAUAAAGAUUAUGGAAAUAAAA